CAAAAUGUAUCUUGUACAGCAGUAAAUACUGUUCAGAACCCAAUUACAUCUGCAGAAUCAUCAGUGACAAAAAUGGAGAGUGGUAGAGAUCAUAUAAUCCCUCAUUGUGAGAAAAUAAAUGAAAGACUACAUAUAAAAAUGCAAGAUAAAUAUGGGAUUAGAAAAAUAAACAAUAAUGAUGCCACAUCAGGAUUAUCUGAUUCUCAAGGAGGAAUAGGGAUUGAACCCAAUUCACAAGCAAGCAGCUAUGAAAAAGAAGUGUCGCAAAAGCAGGUUUCCUUUUUUCCAUGCGCAUCAAGUAAUAAUGAUGUGAAUGAUUCUGAAAAGAGAGCUCUCCCUAUGGAGCCACUUAAAAGCCAACUGGUUAAGCAGAUGAACGUAGACAUGUUGCCAGAAGAUAGGAUUACUGACCAUAUUAAAAGUACUCAACCUGAAGAAGAGUGUCUGGAUAGUUCAGACACAAACAUGCAGCAAAAUAAAUCUAGGCAGGUUAUCUUGAAAGCAGGCAAAACAGACGACCCCAACUGGACUAGAUAUGGAAACAGGAAAGAUUCAAGUUCUCCUGAGGGCAUGGACAACCAAACCCAAAGGGCGACCAGCAUGAUUCAGCUUCCAGCUAUAACAGAUAUAUUAAUUCCUACAUCAGGAAAACUGAACAGUUCUUUGUGUACAGCUAGUGCAGGUCAACAGAGAGAUGCUGAUGCCAAAGAAAUAGAGAGCGUUCCAGAUAAAAGUGGAAAAGCUGAAGAACAAAAUGACAAUUGUGCAUGUAGCAGUAUUGAAAUUCCUGAAUCUGGAGCCUCAUGUUAUAAAUCCAUACUUACUAAAAAGGCCACUGAUCAGCAGAACCUGGAGACCAACGGCAAACCUGUAGAGAAAGGCAUUAGAAGCACAGAUGCAGUAGAAAACACUCCUUGCAGAAGAGAGGCAAUUCUGGAAGAGCAAGCUAACAGCAAAGACCAAAGUAUUUCUGGGAAAGACUUUCCAUAUGUUCAGCCUGUACAUCCUUAUUUAGAAAAGGAAGUAGAUCAGUCUGAACCGACUUGUGCCCAGAUCAUUUUAAAAGGCAGCCUGAUUUCCCCACAGUCUGAGGAGGAUGUUCUGUCCGAAAGCAAAAAUAUCUCAGGGGAAGACACUGUUUGCAGAAAGGACUCAACUGAACCAAACUCAACUGAGCCAAAUGUUCCUACUCUGCUGAUCCCAAACCAGAAGACAAUUUGUUCUGAACAUUUGGUGUCUAAUAUGCAGCGAUCAGAAUUCAACAGAAACAAUCUGAUUACAGACAGUAUUAUGGAAGCAUUGUCAAGCAGAAGUGUUGCUGAGAAAACAGUGGUCAAGGUUUCCAAGGCAGAAACAAAACCAAGAGAAAAGUCCUUCUUUUCCAGUGACAUCUAUAUGGCGAAUGAAGAAUCGGCCCAGUGUGAAAGAAGCAAGAGCAAACCUGACCAGGUGGAAAGCAGUCUUUUCUCUGCAGAGAUUCCUCCACCAGAGGUGUUGGGCGACCCCAGUAAGGAAGCGAAUGCUCUGUCAAAAGUCCAGGGGUCUUUUGUUGCAUGUGGGACAGAUUCCAGCAUCGGUGCACCAAGUGGUCUUGACAUGGUAGCUCAAGCAUAUUCUCUUUGCCCAGAUUCCUUUUCUCUGGAUCUGGAAUGUCUGCCUGACACUCAAUUAGAGUGCAUCUUGGAAAGCCACAGCCUUGAAUUUCUGUCACAGAAAACAUGUGUUCUGAAUGAUUUACAGUCAUGUUCCAAGGACAUAAGUAAUCAGUACACUACAAGAAAUCAAGGAAAAAAUAAAACACUACCCCCUGAUUCUACUAGAAUGCAUGCAAAUAACGCUAGGCUUGUAUCAGACUGUUAA